UCGGCCACCACGAGAACAAACUGAACCAACCGAGCCAGUUGAAGGUGGACUUGCUAUGGAUCCAUGGGCCAUGGACAUUGGACAAUGCCUCUCCACCCGCCUGUUUUCCCACCAUAAAUUGCCUUUCUGGCUUUCUCUUCAGGCCAGUUCCUCUCUACCUAUUUAAGCCCUAAGGUGGCGGCUUUCUCACACUUGCUCUCCUGUUUUGAAAUAUAAAAGAACAUGGGAGGAGGUGCAGCAACCCCACAUUCAUCGUCAUCAUCAUCUUCUUCUUCUUCAUCAUCCAUAGAUAGCAUUAGCAACAACCAUCCUUCUCUUUCCUCUGCUUCUUCUUCCAUUUCCCUCCCACCAAACACGAAAAGAUCAGGUUUGAGCACUGAUCUAAGGCUCGGUCCUAGCAUCUCGACCGCCCACAUUCAUCACUGCUCCUCCAGUGCCCCCAGUCCAAGGGACCAACGUGUUGACUGGCCGCCAAUCAAGCCGUUGUUGAGGAGCACACUCACAGGGAAAGCAGAUAACCAGCGCCAAGCCACUAACUUAUUCGUAAAGGUUUACAUGGAAGGCAUUUCAAUCGGACGGAAACUGGAUCUGUUUGCCUACAGUGGUUACGAUGGCUUAGUGACAACCCUUAGCCAUAUGUUCAAAACCACCAUCUUUUGCUCUGAUCCUCAUGUUGGUGGCGCUGAUCAUUCCGGAAAAUAUCAUAUCUUGACUUAUGAAGACAAGGAAGGGGACUGGAUGAUGGUCGGAGAUGUUCCUUGGGAGAUGUUCUUAACCACUGUGAAGAAGCUGAAGAUCACAAGAGCUGACAGAUGCUAGUUCUUCCCAGAUGCAAAACACCCCGAGCUGACAGAUGCUAGUUCUUCCCAGAUUCAAAACACCCCUCCGGCCUCUCCCUCUCCUUCUCCCUCUCCCUCUCCUUCUCCCUCCCAUUCUAUUCAGAUAUUUUUUCUCAAUUCAUUAGAAAUCCUUACCUACCCAUAACAAAUAGUGAUAUUCUUAUGAUAGAUGUACAGUCUCAGGACAAAAUGAUAUGAAUAUAUGUUGAUAUAUUUUUGUUUUU